AAAGCGGAGCAGAGGCCCGAGAGGCAUCGCCCUAGAUAACGGUAGAAUUGUGCACUGUCCGCGGGUUUGUCUCACGCGUAUAAUCGGACUGCGACAAGUUUUUAGUGAUUAAAUAGUUUAAAAAAGUAAUGAAACAGGUAGUCCCCUAAACACAAUAACCAUAAAAUUAUUGUGAAACAUUCUGGGCACCAGGAACAAGCACAUCGGGUGGAUUUCAAUUCGUCAGCGUGGUGGGCUUGUGCGGAAAUUCGAUGAAUUGAAAAUUAUUAAUACAAGUUUUUAAAAUAAACGGGCGAUACGAUACGACCGACGGGGAACGGCCCCCCGUGCACGGCGUCUGUGGUUUUUUUUCUCACUUCGGAAUUACAAAAAACAACUGCCAAAGAACGAAAAAGGAGCAUUUACACCGGGAGUCAUCAGCAAAAAAACAGGAAUAAACGAAACACGACGGCAGGAGCAAGAAAGAGAGAGAGAGAGGGGGAAAACGAAGAAUUCGUUGGGAUUCAUGUGUAUGCAGAGUGAAGCCGAUGACCCUAUGGCGGUGGAGUGACGAGCUGGACACGGGAAGCAGCUAAUUGCCGGAAAACUAUUGGAAUUAUCUGGGGGACAAAUUGUUGAAUUGAAAUAAUUCUACCGAUAAAUAAUUAAGGAUAAUUCAAACAAUUUUUGUGGGGAAUUGUUUUUUGUCUUUAUUUAUUCAUCCACGAUAUCGCAAGAACAACGACAACGGAGCAUCGACGUAAGGGGUGCAGCUCGAAACGAAAGGAGGACAAGACGCGGCGGAUUCGGUGACCCCUCGGCUGUGACAAGGAAUAGAUAGUCUAGGGACUGAAUAACAAUGCGUGAAUAUAAGAUAGUUGUCUUGGGUAGUGGUGGUGUUGGCAAAUCAGCCCUCACUGUCCAGUUUGUUCAGGGUAUAUUUGUUGAAAAAUAUGACCCAACGAUUGAGGACAGUUAUCGAAAGCAGGUUGAGGUUGAUGGACAACAAUGUAUGCUGGAGAUCUUGGACACAGCCGGCACGGAACAAUUCACAGCCAUGAGGGAUUUAUACAUGAAGAAUGGCCAGGGUUUCGUUCUAGUUUAUUCAAUAACAGCCCAAUCGACGUUUAACGAUCUACAAGACCUCAGGGAACAAAUAUUACGGGUAAAGGACACGGACGAUGUUCCAAUGGUACUGGUCGGCAACAAGUGUGACUUGGAGGACGAGAGGGUAGUGGGAAAAGAUCAGGGCGUUAACCUUGCCCGACUAUUCAGCUGCGCCUUUAUGGAGACCUCUGCCAAAGCUAAAAUUAAUGUUUAUGACGUCUUCUACGACCUCGUGCGACAAAUCAAUAAAAAAUCCCCGGAAAAGAAGAUGAAACAAAAAAAGAAAUCGUUGUGCCUACUUCUGUAAGGUAGAAGCGGCCUUGGCCGCAAACCACCCGCGUGACAACCAACAUUAAAACGAGGAAAAAAAAAGAAA